CGACAACAGAACGACAACAGAACGACAACAGAACGACAACAGAACAACAACGUUAAUUAGCAGGUCAUUAUGGCGCCGGCUGGCGAUGGUAGCUCUGAAGAGCUCAGAGGUCUUGAGAGGGGCGUGGUCUCUGUAUGAACAGAAACAUCCGAGCGAUAAAUCUCAUUUUCCACAACUGCAGCUGGACGCGGCGGCUGGCCUGCUAUUGGUUGGACCAGACGGAGAGCCUGGGCGGCAGAUCAGGUUGGAGCUCCUGGCACGGGCGGUGGCGGAGAAGACUUUCGUCUAUGACCUGGAGCGUGUCUCUUUCAUGUUCCUUGAGGAUGAGUUGCUGGGAAUAUUGGAGCUAUGGUGUCGGAAGCACGAGGUGCCAUUGGAGGCGCGCUUUGGCGAACCGCAUCAGUGGAGAGAGAAGGAGAAACUGACCUGGGAGGAAGUUCACAAGCUUGGGGCUUGUGUUCACCGUAUAGGUUUGCACCUUUGGGAUGGUCUAGACGAGUCGGACUUGUCGCAUUUCCUGGAUACAGACGAUGCUCAGUGGCUCGCCGGCCUUAUGGGAGGAGCGCACUUCACACUGGUGGAUCUUUUCCGCUUCCUGGAUGAGCACUGCACCUAUCGACAGUGGCGUUGGGCCAGUCUACAACAUGUGGUGUUAACUUUAGGCACGAUUGCGAUAGAGACUUUUUGCGAGUCACUAGCAGUGCCGGUCAGGGCGCUCCAGGGCAAGAUGGACUCGGGAGACGAGCGAUAUCGACGAGGUUCGGACUAUUUUAGAGUGCCACGUCAGAGGCAGGAGCUGUGGAAUAGCUCUAAAGACAUGUUGUAGAGCAAUGCACACAACGAGCCAUUUGUGCUUAUUGCACUGAAUAGUCAGGUCAGA